AUGAAGGCAGAAGCAGCAGGAAGCAAGGAACAAGGAGAAAGCGGGAAUGAAGGCAGAGGGGGGAAAAAGUAUGAAAGGAGAAGUAGAAUAGCAGGAAGGAGGCAAGGAAGCAGACAGGUAGGAGGAGGGAGGGAAGGAGGGAGCAGCAGAAGGAAGCAGGAGGUGGAUGGAGCAAGAAGGAGCAGAAGUAGGAAGGAGGGGAAGCAUGCAGGAGCAGGGGAAGGUAGAGUAGGAAGGGCAGAAGGAAGUAGGAGGCAGGGGGGAGGAAGGAAUAGGAGGCAGGAGAAUAAGCAGGAGCAGGAAGGAGGAAAAGGAAAGGAGGAAGGAGGAGGAAGCAGCGGGAAUGAGGAGGCAGGAAGGAGGAAGGAAGAGGAAGAUGGGGAAGAGGAAAGGAGGAGGAAGAGGGGGGAAAGCAUCGAAAGGAGGAAGCAGAAAGGAGCAGGAGGAAGGAUGAAGCAGGAGCAGGAAGAGGCAGCAGGCAGGGGCAGCGGUGAGGAGUAG